AAAAUUCCACUGGCUUUUACGAAAUGGAGCAAAUUUUAGCCAAUCCAUCUCCCUUAAUCGCUAAAUUAGCCAUCUUCUCCUUCUCAACGAACAGUUGGCGAGCUUCUUCCUCAUCCCGAAUUCUUCUUCCCAAGAUUCUCCGCUACACUUGCCUGACCAAAUCGCCAUUAGGUCCCGAGAUCCCUCGUUUUCCCAUACAAAAAAGCAAACUUGGUGCUGCCCAUGAUUCGAACUCCAAAGACACGGAGGAAAAAUCAAAUCUUUAUAACAUCGGCAAUGCUCUAACCGAUGAAUCAGAAUGGAGCCCUGACGAACUCGAAGCCAUUGCUGCCCUGUUUCAAAGAAGAAUGUCUGAAAAGCCUGAGAAGCGUAAGAGGGAAAGACCUAUUCCCCUUCCUUCACCUCAUAGAAAAAGCUUACAUCAAAGUCCCACACCAAAGCGACACAUUCGCUUGGCCGCCCGUGAAAACCUAUUACCGCGUUCAUCCUUCACUGAUCAAGUGUUCAAGAACCCAGAGGCGCUCAUUCGUAUAUCUCGAGAGAUUGCUGCUCUUCCACCAGAUGUGGAUGCAUCCGAGGUGCUCGACGAAUGGUCUCCAUUUCUGAGAAAGGGUUCCUUGUCUAUGACAAUUCGAGAAUUAGGUCAUAUGGGUCUUCCAAAACGCGCCCUUGAGACCUUCUGCUGGGUUCAGAAGCAGCGGCCAUUUCUAUUUCCUGAUGACCGCACUCUUUCUUCCACCAUAGAGGUCUUGGCUCGUAAUGGAGAACUGAAGAUCGAGUCUGAACUGGAGAAGUUUCUGAACUCUGCAAGCCGUUGUGUGGUGGAAGCCAUGGUGAGGGGAUUCAUAAAAGGAGGAAAUUUAAGCCGUGCUCGCCGUCUUCUAGUGCUUGCCAGAGACAAUAAGCGGACUCUGGAAACAAGUCUUCAUGCCAAGCUCAUUCUUGAAGCAGGGAGGACACCAAAUGGCUACAAGCUUGCAUUGGCACUGCUUGAUGAGCUUGGUGAGAGAGAAAGUUUGGAUCUGAAGCCGCAGGACACAACAUCUAUCAUGAAGGUUUGUAUUAAGCUUGGGAGAUUUGAAACAGUAGAGAGGCUUUUUAAUUGGUUCAAGGAUACAGGAAGGAAUCCUAGCAUUGUCAUGUAUACAACAGUGAUAUUUAGCAGGUAUUGCAGCAAGAGAUAUGAGGAAGGAUUGACCUUAGUAUGGGAGAUGGAGGAAUUGGAUUUUCUUUUGGAUCUUCCAGCUUAUCGAGUUGUUAUCAGGCUUUGUGUUGCUUUGAAUGAUCUUGAAAGGGCCGUGCGAUAUUUUUUGAGAUUAAAGGAGGCUGGUUUUGCUCCUACUUAUGAUAUAUAUAAAGACAUGAUCAAGGCCUAUGCGACCUCAGGGAGGCUGGCUAAGUGCAGGAAGAUUUGCAAGGAGGUGGAGAUGGCUGGUUUGAAGUUAGAUAAAGAGGCAUUGACUCUUCUAUCAGAAAUGGAAGGACAAACUAGAUGAGUUUCUUCAUGUAACAUCUCUUAUGUAUUCCACAUCUUGAUUAGAAUAGGCGUGGGAGGCAGGGAUGGACAACCUCCAGAUCAAUAGAUUUGCUGAAGAUGAAUAGAAAAAGAGAAAGAAAUCUAAAGGCCUUUCAGGAAAUCAAGUUUCCA